CCGGAGCGUGUGGUUUAGGGGAGCGGGUCGCCGAACCCCAGAGCAGCCGCCGCCAUGGCGGAUGUGACCGCCCGGAGCCUGCAGUACGAGUACAAGGCGAACUCGAAUCUUGUCCUCCAAGCUGACCGUUCUCUCAUUGACCGGACCUGCCGGGAUAAAACCACAGGAGAGGUGCUAUCCCUGGUUGGGAAGCUGGAGGGCACCCGGAUGGGAGAUAAGGCUCAACGGACCAGACCACAGAUGCAGGAGGAAAGAAGAGCCAAGCGAAGAAAGCGUGACGAGGACCGUCACGCCAUCAACAAGAUGAAGGGGUACACUCUGCUCUCGGAGGGCAUCGAUGAGAUGGUGGGCAUCAUCUAUAAGCCCAAAACCAAAAACACCCGGGAGAUUUACGAAGUGCUGCUCAGCUUCAUCCAGGCUGCCCUUGGGGACCAGCCCCGUGAUAUUCUUUGUGGGGCAGCUGAUGAAGUUCUAGCUGUCCUAAAGAAUGAAAAGCUUCGUGACAAGGAAAGGAGAAAGGAGAUUGAUCUGUUGCUGGGGCAGACAGAUGAUACCCGAUACCAUGUGCUGGUGAACUUGGGCAAGAAGAUCACAGACUAUGGUGGAGACAGGGAAAUCCAGAAUAUGGAUGACAACGUUGAUGAGACCUAUGGUGUGAAUGUCCAGUUUGAGUCUGAUGAGGAGGAAGGCGAUGAAGAUGUUUAUGGGGAGGUUCGAGAAGAGGCGUCCGAUGAUGACAUGGAAGGGGAUGAGGCUGUGGUGCGCUGCACCCUCUCAGCUAAUCUUGUAGCCUCUGGUGAACUGAAGGGUUCUAAGAAGAAGGAUUUGCACCCUCGGGACAUCGAUGCGUUUUGGCUGCAGCGGCAGCUCAGUCGCUUCUAUGAUGAUGCCAUUGUAUCGCAGAAGAAGGCAGACGAAGUGUUGGAAAUCUUAAAGACGGCCAGUGAUGACCGGGAGUGUGAGAACCAGCUGGUGCUCCUGCUCGGUUUCAAUACUUUCGAUUUAAUUAAUGUGCUGCGGCAGCACAGGAUGAUGAUUUUAUACUGCACCUUGCUGGCCAGUGCACAGAGUGAAGCUGAAAAGGAAAGGAUCAUGGGAAAGAUGGAAGCUGAUCCAGAGUUAUCUAAGUUCCUCUACCAACUUCACGAGACGGAGAAGGAGGAUCUGAUCCGGGUUCUGGACUUGGAGGACCUGGUUUUUACGCAAGGGAGUCACUUCAUGGCCAACAAACGCUGUCAGCUUCCGGAUGGAUCCUUUCGGCGCCAGCGUAAAGGCUACGAAGAGGUGCACGUGCCUGCUCUGAAGCCCAAGCCCUUCGGCUCUGAGGAACAACUGCUUCCAGUGGAGAAGCUGCCCAAAUACGCCCAGGCUGGAUUCGAGGGCUUCAAGACGCUGAACCGGAUCCAGAGUAAGCUCUACCGGGCCACCCUGGAGACAGACGAGAACCUGCUACUGUGCGCCCCCACUGGUGCCGGGAAGACCAACGUGGCCCUGAUGUGCAUGCUCCGCGAGAUCGGGAAGCACAUUAACCCCGACGGCACUAUCAACGUGGACAACUUCAAGAUCAUCUACAUCGCCCCGAUGCGCUCCCUGGUGCAGGAGAUGGUGGGCAGCUUUGGGAAGCGUCACAGGGCAGGGGGCCUGGCUCGUCACUGCUUCCUGUAUCAAGGCGUCUCUGCAGUGCCUCGGAUGGCGUUUCCACUUCAAAGGUGGUACUUGACCCAAGUACAGAGUGUUUCUGAACCAAGAAUGUCCUUGACCUAUUCUGGCCUUUACAAGGGUGUGUCGUCUUUCUGUCACCCUCUGCAUAGCAAUUCUCCAGUUCUCCUGGGCGCUGUUGGAGUAGCUCUGUGGCCCUUGAGCGCCACCCUCCCCAACUACGAAGAUGUGGCCACAUUUCUGCGUGUUGAUCCUGCCAAGGGCCUCUUCUACUUCGACAAUAGCUUCCGCCCAGUGCCUCUGGAACAGACCUACGUAGGCAUCACAGAGAAAAAAGCUAUCAAGCGUUUCCAGAUCAUGAAUGAAAUAGUCUACGAGAAGAUCAUGGGACAUGCGGGGAAAAAUCAGGUGCUGGUGUUUGUCCACUCCCGGAAGGAGACUGGGAAGACGGCCAGGGCCAUUCGGGACAUGUGCCUGGAGAAGGACACUCUGGGUCUGUUUCUGAGAGAGGGCUCCGCCUCCACAGAAGUCCUUCGGACGGAGGCAGAGCAGUGCAAGAACCUGGAGCUGAAGGAUCUGCUGCCCCAUGGCUUUGCUAUUCAUCAUGCGGGCAUGACCAGAGUGGACAGGACACUCGUAGAGGACCUUUUUGCUGAUAAACACAUUCAGGUUUUAGUUUCCACAGCAACUCUGGCUUGGGGUGUGAAUCUCCCCGCACAUACAGUCAUCAUCAAAGGCACCCAGGUGUAUAGUCCAGAGAAGGGGCGCUGGACAGAGUUGGGAGCACUGGACAUUCUGCAGAUGCUGGGACGAGCCGGAAGACCCCAGUAUGACACCAAGGGCGAAGGCAUCCUCAUCACAUCGCAUGGGGAGCUUCAGUACUACCUGUCCCUCCUCAACCAGCAGCUUCCUAUUGAGAGCCAGAUGGUGUCAAAGCUGCCUGACAUGCUCAACGCGGAAAUCGUGCUGGGAAAUGUCCAGAAUGCAAAGGAUGCAGUGAACUGGCUGGGCUAUGCCUACCUGUAUAUCCGAAUGCUCCGGUCCCCAACCCUCUACGGCAUCUCUCAUGACGACCUCAAGGGAGACCCCCUGCUGGACCAGCGCCGGCUGGACCUGGUGCAUACUGCUGCCUCGAUGCUGGAUAAGAACAACCUGGUCAAGUAUGAUAAGAAGACAGGCAACUUCCAGGUGACAGAACUGGGCCGUAUAGCCAGCCACUACUACAUCACCAACGACACCGUGCAGACCUACAACCAGCUGCUGAAGCCCACUCUGAGCGAGGCUGAGCUCUUCAGAGUCUUCUCGUUGUCCUCAGAGUUCAAGAACAUCACUGUGAGAGAGGAGGAGAAGCUGGAACUGCAGAAGCUGUUGGAGAGGGUGCCCAUUCCCGUAAAGGAGAGCACUGAGGAGCCCAGUGCGAAGAUCAACGUGCUCCUCCAAGCCUUCAUCUCACAGCUGAAACUGGAGGGCUCGGCACUGAUGGCUGACAUGGUGUACGUCACACAGUCGGCGGGCCGGUUGAUGCGGGCCAUCUUUGAAAUUGUCCUGAACCGCGGUUGGGCACAGCUUACAGACAAGACCCUGAAUCUCUGCAAGAUGAUCGAUAAACGCAUGUGGCGGUCCAUGUGUCCGCUGCGUCAGUUCCGCAAACUCCCUGAGGAAGCAGUGAAGAAGAUUGAGAAGAAAGAAUUCCCCUUUGAGCGUCUGUAUGACCUGAAAGACGUUGAGAUAGGGGAGCUCAUCCGCAUGCCGAAGAUGGGCAAGACCAUCCACAAAUACGUCCACCUGUUCCCCAAGUUGGAGCUGUCGGUGCACCUGCAACCCAUCACGCGCUCCACCCUGAAGGUGGAGCUGACCAUCACGCCAGACUUCCAGUGGGAUGAAAAGGUCCAUGGUUCGUCCGAGGCAUUCUGGAUUCUGGUGGAGGAUGUGGACAGUGAGGUGAUACUGCACCAUGAGUAUUUUCUACUCAAGGCCAAGUAUGCCCAGGAUGAGCACCUCAUUACGUUCUUUGUGCCUGUCUUUGAACCACUGCCCCCUCAGUACUUCAUCCGAGUGGUGUCUGACCGCUGGCUCUCUUGUGAGACCCAGCUUCCGGUCUCUUUCCGAUACCUGAUCCUGCCAGAGAAGUACCCACCUCCCACUGAACUUCUGGACCUGCAGCCCUUGCCCGUGUCUGCCUUGAGAAACAGCACCUUCGAGAGCCUUUACCAAGGUAAAUUUCCUUUCUUCAACCCCAUCCAGACCCAAGUGUUUAACACAGUGUACAACAGUGAUGACAACGUGUUUGUGGGAGCACCCACCGGCAGCGGGAAGACCAUCUGUGCGGAGUUCGCCAUCCUGCGCAUGCUGCUGCAGAGCUCGGAGGGGCGCUGUGUCUACAUCACCCCCGUGGAGGCGCUGGCAGAGCAGGUGUACAGGGACUGGUACAAGAAGUUCCAGGACCGGCUCAGCAAGAAGGUGGUGCUUCUGACGGGCAAGACCAGCACAGACCUCAAGCUUCUGGGCAAAGGCAACAUCAUCAUCAGUACCCCUGAGAAGUGGGACAUCCUCUCUUGGCGCUGGAAGCAGCGCAAGAACGUCCAGAACAUCAGCCUCUUCGUGGUGGAUGAGGUCCACCUCAUCGGGGGCGAGAAUGGGCCUGUUUUGGAAGCGAUCUGCUCCCGGAUGCGCUAUAUCUCCUCCCAGACCGAGCGGCCCAUUCGCAUUGUGGCACUCAGCUCCUCGCUCUCAAACGCUAAGGAUGUGGCCCACUGGCUGGGGUGCAGUGCCACGUCCACUUUCAACUUCCACCCGAAUGUGCGCCCUGUGCCCUUGGAGCUGCACAUCCAGGGCUUUAACAUCAGCCACACACAGACUCGCCUGCUGUCCAUGGCCAAGCCCGUGUACCAUGCAAUCACCAAGCACUCGCCCAAGAAGCCUGUCAUCGUUUUUGUGCCGUCCCGCAAGCAGACCCGCCUCACUGCAGUCGACGUCCUCAGCACGUGUGCAGCGGACAUCCAGCGGCAGAGGUUCUUGCACUGCACCGAGAAGGACCUGAUCCCAUAUCUGGAGAAGCUGAGCGACAACACGCUCAGGGAGACGCUGUUGAACGGUGUGGGCUACCUGCACGAGGGGCUCAGCCCCGUGGAGCGGCGCCUGGUGGAGCAGCUCUUCAGCUCAGGGGCCAUCCAGGUGGUGGUCGCUUCUCGGAGUCUCUGCUGGGGCAUGAGCGUGGCCGCCCACCUGGUGAUCAUCAUGGACACCCAGUACUACCAUGGCAAGAUUCACGCGUACGUGGACUACCCCAUCUAUGACGUGCUUCAGAUGGUGGGGCGUGCCAACCGACCUCUGCAGGAUGACGAGGGGCGCUGUGUCAUCAUGUGUCAGGGCUCCAAAAAGGAUUUCUUCAAGAAGUUCUUAUACGAGCCCUUGCCAGUGGAGUCUCACCUGGACCAUUGCAUGCAUGACCACUUCAACGCUGAGAUUGUCACCAAGACCAUGGAGAACAAGCAGGACGCCGUGGACUACCUCACCUGGACCUUUCUGUACCGCCGCCUGACACAGAACACCAACUACUACAACCUGCAGGGCAUCUCCCACCGCCACCUGUCUGACCACUUGUCGGAGCUGGUGGAGCAGACCCUGAGUGACCUGGAGCAGUCCGAGUGCAUCAGCAUAGAGGACGAGAUGGACGUGGCACCUCUGAACCUGGGCAUGAUCGCCGCCUACUAUUACAUCAACUACACAACCAUAGAGCUCUUCAGCAUGUCCCUAAAUGCCAAGACCAAGGUACGGGGGCUCAUCGAGAUCAUCUCCAAUGCGGCCGAGUACGAGGACAUUCCCAUCCGGCACUGUGAGGACAACCUCCUGCGGCAGUUGGCUCAGAAGGUCCCGCACAAGCUGAACAACCCUAAGUUUAAUGACCCACAUGUCAAGACCAACCUGCUCCUGCAGGCUCACCUGUCCCGCAUGCAGCUGAGUGCUGAGCUGCAGUCGGAUACCGAGGAGAUCCUUAGCGAGGCGAUCCGGCUCAUCCAGGCCUGUGUGGACGUCCUCGCCAGCAAUGGGUGGCUCAGUCCUGCUCUGGCAGCCAUGGAACUGGCCCAGAUGGUCACCCAAGCCAUGUGGCCCAAGGACCCAUACCUGAAGCAGCUGCCACACUUCACCUCAGAGCACAUCCAACGCUGCACAGACAAGGGAGUGGAGAGUGUUUUCGACAUCAUGGAGCUGGAGGAUGAAGAGCGAAAUGCGCUGCUUCGGCUGUCUGACGGCCAGAUGGCGGACGUGGCCCGCUUCUGCAACCGCUACCCGAAUAUCGAGCUCUCUUACGAGGUGGUGGAUAAGGACGGCAUCCGCAGUGGCGGGCCCGUGGUGGUGCUGGUACAGCUGGAGCGAGAGGAGGAGGUCACAGGUCCCGUGAUGGCACCUCUCUUCCCACAGAAACGUGAAGAGGGCUGGUGGGUGGUGAUCGGAGAUGCCAAGUCCAAUAGCCUCAUCUCCAUCAAGAGGCUGACCCUGCAGCAGAAGGCCAAGGUGAAGCUUGACUUCGUGGCCCCGGCCACUGGUGCCCACAGCUACACUCUGUACUUCAUGAGUGACGCUUACAUGGGAUGUGACCAGGAAUACACAUUCCGUGUGGAUGUGAAAGAAGCUGAGACAGACAGCGACUCGGAUUGAGUGCAGAGGCCUUUGCCUUUGCAUAGAGUUGAAACUUGUACAGUUGAACGGGAUCACAGCUAUGGAGACCAGGUCUGUUGGCUGGGAGAACUGGCAGUCAACGCAGGUGCCGUCCCAGCCCACCUCCAGUUUUCCGCUUGCUACCUUGCCAUCCAAACUUUGGAUCCAGUGUCUGUAGGUGUCGUGUAGCUGUUCAGCAUAAACUGUACAGCAUUUGUAUGCAUGUUCUUGGUAGUUCUUUGAUUACAGAAUCAGACAUUCUAAUAAAACAAGUUGGAGAAACCAAAAAAACAAACAAA